AUGCCAACUAAUGCUUAUUUUUCACACACGGAAAAUUUAUUAUUGGCAAUGAUGUUUGAUCCCGGUGACUUUGUAAGAGAAUUGGCAAUUCGCAGGAUAUUGAAAGCUAGACAACAAACACCUAAAAUUAAUUUUGAAGCUAAAGAUUACAUUAAUCUUACUGACUGGCAAAAAUGUACCAUUACAGAGCCGCCAUUAGUAAUUAAACUUUCAGAUAAUUGCUUUCAACAGCUUAUUACAGAGAAACAAUUAUCAUUGACUUAUUUCGAUGUCAUACGCAAACCGUGGAAAGAUGAGUCAAAACUGUAA